AUGUCAGAGGCUUCCUCCACUCCAGGCGAACCACACAAUACAGGCCAACCGGCAACACCGGCGCAGCUGAACCGAUCCUGCGAAUCCUGUAGAAGUCUCAAGGUUCGCUGUCUCCCCAGCCCAUCCACGCCGAACCAGUGCCAGCGAUGUGCGAAAGGCAAAAAGACCUGUGUCUUCGUGGCCCCUCAGCGACGUCGGCCUCGUAAGCGGACCGACUCGCGAGUUGCACAGUUGGAGAAAGAAAUGCGCAUGAUGCGUUCCCUGCUAAAGGAUCGGAUCCGUGAAGAGAGCGAACCGGAGUCCCCCGAAGGUAGCGAGGGUUCCCGAGAAAUCGACGACGACGAGAUGGAUUUUCAAGACACCCUUGGUUCCAUCGCUGAAGGGUCGGUCAGUAGUACUACCGCUGAGCAUUUGAUCAACUACUCGCCCGAUUUCGCCAGUACGGCACACCCCGGAAUGCACGGCAGCGGCGCGCUGUCUGCCCCGCCAUCUUUCGUCGGUCUGCAAGGGGAGUUUUCGCCCGAGAUCAGUAAACCACCGAUGGAGGACGUUGUCGAUCGUGGGAUUAUCUCGAUGGACGAUUCGGAGCAUCUGGUGGCGUUCUUUAUUCAUGAGCUGUCGUCGUUCUUCCCGCUCGUCGUGUUUCCCGCUGUCACGACCGCGGCACAGUUGCGACAAUCGAAGCCAAUCUUGUUCCUCUCCGUGAUCGCAGCGGCGUCGAUUUCCGUCGAUGCGGGACUGGCGAGCGUUCUCAAUCGUGAGAUGAUCCGUCUCUAUGCGGAGCAGUUCUUUAUCGAGGGCGAAAAGUCGCUGGAACUGGUGCAGGCACUGCUAGUCAUGAUCGUCUUCUAUUACCCACCCGGGUCGCCAUUGAAGUUGCAGUUCUAUCAGUAUACUCAUAUUGCAUCGACGAUGGCGUUGGAGAUCGGAUUGGCCACCAAGCGACGAGUUUCGAAAAAGAAAUCCGAUCGGAAAAGUAGCAAGCAUGAGCCGCAUGACGAACAUCUGGCGGAACAGGCGAGAGCGGUCCUUGGCUGUUAUCAUCUAAGCUCAACCGUCGCUAUGAAGACCCGUCGACCCAAUCUGCUUCAAUUCAACGAUUGGAUGGCCGAGUGCAUAAAUCAGCUGGAGCGAUCACCGCACCGAACAGACCAGCACCUGGCCAUUUGGUUCGAACUUCAGAGAAUAACCGACGAAGCCAUGUCUUCUUUUGGUUUGGACGACACGAGCGCUUCCUCGCCUCUAACCGAGUCCCGCGUCCAGGCUGUGCUGCGGUGGUUCGAUAAACGGAUGGAAGCGUGGAAGAAGAGUACUCCCAAUGACAUGUUGACUGUACCGAUGAUUCUCGAAUACCGCUCCGCCGUUCUCGCCAUGUACGAAUUAGGCGUGGGAGAGGGCUACCGAGACCCAGACGCCAUCAAACGCCGAUAUUUCACCCUCCCACCACUGGAAGAAGACAGCGCGAAUUCGACCCUUCCUCCCCUGAGCGCGAUCCGAAUCGACAUCAACGUGAAAUGGAUGAAUGCAGCACAGGAGAUGCUUGACGCCGUAUUGACCUGCAGCACGGACACGAUGCGUAGGAUGCCGAACAUAAUGUACACGCGAUUCGGCAUGGCGGUGACGUCGUUACUGAAGAUCCAUUUCUCUGUGCGCACCGGGGCACUGGGGCAUAUCGUUACGCCGGACGCCGUAAACGCUGGGUACUAUCUUGAUGCGAUGGCGAAUAAACUGGGCGAGGCGAGCGGAGGCGGGAAAUACAAGAUUCCGACAAGAUGGUACCAGGUUGUGGCUGUUAAGGGACGGGACUGGUUAGAGCGGUUGGAGAAUCGAUAUACCGUGGCCGACGAGGCUGGAGUCGGAGCUGGGCCUGGAAUGGUAUCUGUAUCUGUACCCGAGAGUCCGUCAACGGCCACUGAACCAAUGCCGGCUUCACGGCUACCAGGCUCGCAGGAACAGGCCGGACAUAUGGAUCAGGUCCCACCCGGAGCGGUAGAUUCGUUCUCCGUCCCACCUGGUGUGGCCCACAUGCCGCCGGGUAUGGAGGGCAUGCGUGAUGGAUACGUCGCUAUGAGUAAUGCGGGCAUGUGGCCGAUGGAUGGAGGCCAGGGACAUGGACAUGGACACGGACACGGGCAUGGCCAUGGGCAUGGGCAUAAUCAGUUCUACCACUCUAUGGGGGGUGGAUACCAUCAGCAGCAUUCGCCCUCACAUCCGCAGGCGACGAUGCCACCGCAAUUUGCGUAUGACCCGCAGAGACUCGCUCCGCAGGGCGGAGGGAUUCCUGGGACUGGCAUGGAGUUGGAUGGAUGGCUUCCGGAUGGGAGCAUUUUUGGGAUGCCGCCUUUGCCGGAGUUUUGA